GGGCUUAGAGUUCUUUUUUCUAAAGAAUAAUAGUCUAAAUAUUCAUUCCCUUCUUUGCUUGAUCUGGGUAAACUCUGAAUGACUUUCAAACCCUAAGUCUUCUUCGAUCAUCCACUUGCAAACAAAGAGAGCUCAAGUUUGUUGAAAUAUGGUAAGUUUCGAUAGCUUCGAAGAUUCCAGGACCAGCCUGAACAGCAACAACAAAGAUAAAGAUGACAAGAACGACUGUUACAAGCCGAGAAACGGAGAGAGCUGGAGCAAUGGCUCAGUUGAAGAAAAUGGAAAGAAGACUAUUUCCGGAUCCGUAAGGCCGUAUAACCGUUCAAAAACACCGAGACUCCGGUGGACUCCCGAUCUCCAUCUUCGCUUUGUUCAUGCAGUUGAAAGCCUAGGAGGACAAGAGAGUAAGAUGAUUAAGCCUGACAAACCCAGAAUUUUCUUGCUGAUUUAUGCACUAAAAAAGUGUGAUUUUAUUGGCACAGGAGCAACACCCAAGUUGGUACUUCAAUUGAUGAACAUCAAAGGCCUUAGCAUAGCUCAUGUGAAGAGUCAUCUACAGAUGUAUAGAAGCAAGAAGAUUGAUGACCCAAAUCAAGCUAUGUCGGAUCGAGGGCUUCGUUUUGAAGGUGGAGAUCAUCACCAUUUAUACAAAUUCAGCUAUCUUCCCAUGAGCCACGGUUUCAAUAAUUGGAAUCCUUCAAGUUCGCGGGAUGGUCAAAAUGUGUAUAGUUCAGUUGCAGAGAAGCUAUUUCAAAGCUGCAACAACAACAAUUCACUUAGCUUUAGUUCAACACAAGCAAUCAGGCCAAGCAGAACAAUGUGCUCAAUUUUUUUCACGCAUCGAGGCACACUAAAGAGGAAGACAACGGAGAGCAACAACAUUAACCAAGACAUAGAUUUGAACCUAUCCUUGAAACUAGCAACGACAGCAAACAAUGAUGGAGUUGAAAAAGGGUUCGAUGAUAGCACUUUCUCUCUUUCGUUGGCUUCUUCUUCUUCAUCGUUCUCAAGGCUCAGUGGUGGUGAUGGUAAGAAACAGGCGAGGACGACAAUAGCAAGUACUCUAGAUCUCACUUUAUGAAUGAGACAAUUCUGAGUGAGAUCUUGAAGUACUUGUGUCUGAAUUCCACGCUAUAAAAUC